AUGCACCCGCUGACUGGCACGGCUUCACGCCCACUGUGCUACGACGCAGUUGGUACCGCGUACUGUCCCAACCACCCCUCCCCCCUACCCCCACCUCUUCGCCCCGAAAAUUCCGUUUUCCAACGCAGGCAACUGAAAACACAACAAAAAGGCCCAACGAGGUAUCCGAGGCAGAGGCAGAAGCUUGUAAAUGUCAGCAAACCCCGGCCGUAUCCGCCCCCUUUUGGCGUAUCAGGUGUCGGGGGAGGCCGUCAGCCCGCCCUCCCUUGCCCCUCUGAAAGGGGCGAUCUGCGUACAAAUUGGCACAUGAGUCACGACAAGCGUCACUACCUCGGCCAAAAGUAA